AGUUUGCAGAAAAAGCUAUCAAAGUUCAGACAGCAUCAUUUGAGCAGUGGGGAAUAAUGGCAGAUUGGUCUAAAGGGCGCUACUUCACCUUUGAUAAAGACUAUGAAGCCAACCAGUUGACAGCAUUUUAUGACAUGUUUAAAAAGGGGUACAUUUACGAUGACUUCAUGCCUGUCUAUUGGUCCCCUUCUUCCAGAACUGCCUUGGCUGAAGCAGAGCUGGAGUACCAUUCAGAUCACAAGAGUACUGCAAUAUACCUGCAGCUUAAAGUAGCACACACCUCCACUGCUCUUACCACACUUUUAGGCAGCUGUCCUGAUAACUUGUUUGCUGUCAUAUGGACCACCACCCCAUGGACUCUACCUGGCAAUGCUGCAAUCUGCUACAGUCCACAGCUCAGGUGGAUUGAACCAUAG